CACCCUCUGCUUUUCCAGACCCGCCAAAAGGCCCAAACCACUUGCCAUCAAGGUGUAUGUCAGCCCAAAGUGAGGGGGCUCAGCAUUAGAAAUCCUGAGACACCUAGAACCCCCAAGUUACUCCUUGAUCAGGCCUCCUGGCGCUUCCCCGACGUGUUAGGGCUCUGAGGGUAGGAGCCAAGAUGGCCCCCCGGGAUUCACUCAUUCCCUCAGAUGGCCCCUCUCACCUUUAUGCCCAAACUCAGAUCAUCCUGCCACAUUGCCACAGGCCCAGAGGCCCCCAGACCCUGGCCCAGGCUAAGGGAGUUCCUGGGCAAGAGGCCCAGUCCAGGACUUAUUUUGGACAGAUCCGUCACUGGAGUCGACUCUCAAGAGUUAUUUUGAGGUUGGCUCCCUUCUGCCAGCCUUGGGCUCCUCCUUCUCGCAAGGCCACUGACCACCUGCCACUGUCCAUCUCCCUCCCACAGGCCCAGAAUGCCAGCUGGCAGUUAGUCAAGGGGGAGGGGUGGAGUCAGAGCAUCAUAAAGCCAGGAACACUUGGCCGAUAGACUGUGCUCCGCUGCAUUUCAGAGCUGUCUCCACUGCCUCCAUCCCCUCUGCUCUGCCUGCCACCACCAUCGCCAUGCCCACCCACCGGCUGGUGAUCGUCCGCCAUGGCGAGAGCACGUGGAACCAGGAGAACCGUUUCUGCGGCUGGUUCGAUGCAGAACUGAGUGAGAAGGGGAAGGAAGAGGCCAAACGUGGGGCCCAGGCCAUCAAGGAAGCCGGCCUGGAGUUUGACAUCUGCUAUACCUCGGUGCUGAAGCGUGCCAUCCGCACCCUCUGGUUCAUCCUGGAUGGUGUAGACCAGAUGUGGGUGCCUGUGGUACGGACCUGGCGCCUGAAUGAGCGCCACUACGGGGGUCUCACAGGCCUCAACAAAGCAGAGACUGCUGCCAAGCAUGGGGAAGCACAGGUGAAGAUCUGGAGACGCUCCUUUGACAUCCCACCCCCACCCAUGGAUGAGAAGCACCCCUACUAUUCAGUCAUCAGCAAGGCGCGGCGCUAUGCUGGUCUGAAGCCUGGAGAGCUGCCCACCUGUGAGAGCCUGAAGGAUACCAUUGCCCGGGCUCUGCCCUUCUGGAAUGAGCAGAUUGCUCCUCAGAUCAAGUCAGGAAAGAGGGUGCUCAUUGCUGCCCAUGGCAACAGCUUACGAGGCAUAGUCAAGCACCUGGAAGGCAUGUCAGACGAGGCCAUUAUGGAACUCAACUUGCCCACCGGGAUCCCCAUCGUGUAUGAACUGGAUGACCAGCUGAAACCCACCAAGCCUAUGCAGUUCCUUGGGGAUGAGGAAACAGUCCGGAAGGCCAUGGAGGCCGUGGCUGCCCAGGGCAAGGCCAAGUAAUAGCCUGGAAGCAAACUGCACAAUAAAGUCACCUCCACUCACUCCUCCUGUUGAGUCUGAGCAGGUGUCUGACCCAUGGGCAAAAGCUAGGGGCAGAAACGCUUGUGGAAUGGUCCUGUGCACAUCUGGGAGGACUGUGAAUGGGGACAAGGCCCUUGGUAGCUAGUCAGCAGAAAGGAAGCUAGGGUGUAACACAACUCAACUCUAUCCCAGUACUCUCAGACCAAAGUCAUAUUCCAGAACCCUAAAAACAAUCCCUGGCCAGUCCUGGCCCUGUCAGCUUCUGUCAUGCAUGGUAGCCUCAAAGAAGAUGCAGGAUCAGGGAGGGC